AUGGACUAUAGGGCUUUAGGUGGCGCUGGAGGUGGAGGCGCUCGUGGUGGAGGUAGCACCAAUGGUAGAGGCGGCGACGCAAGUGGUGGAGGUGGGUAUCAGCUGGGUGACAGUUCUUGCAUCCUUGGUUCAGGUGUCAUUUGCCAGAUGAGGAACAAGGCUCUAAAGGGCAGCAGUGAUGGAGAUGAGGGUCUCCUAGGUGAAGAUCGGCAAGAGGGAAAGGAGAGAUGA